CCUAGUGAGCAGUGAGGAGCCGCAAUGAAGUCGUUCGUGCUCUUUCUAACGCUGACGGCGUUUGUCUCGGCGUCGGCGCAGCCGCCGUACGCCGGACUGGCGGCGGAAGAGUGGGGCUCGGCGGCGGCGGCGGCGGCUGAGUACAUCACGGUGGAGCCGGUGGAAGAGUACUUACCGCCGAUAACGGAGCCGUACUACUGCUCCCACUGUAACCCUGAACAGGUCCACAUUGCCUUUGGCGAGAAAUCCAACGACAUCGUAGUAACGUGGUCGACAUUCAACGAUACCCCCAGCGUUGUCCACUACGGCGUGGACGAGUUGCAGCACUACGCUUACGGCGCUAGCUCGUUGUUCGAGGACGGCGGGAACGAGCGGCGCCAACAGUACACACACCGCGUCACGCUGCCGGAUCUGCAGUAUGACACUAAGUAUGUGUACAACGUGGGCUCGGAGUACGGCGUCUCGAGCUUGUUCUCCUUCCGCACGAUUCCGAACGGGAGCAACUGGCCCGUGCGCGCCGCCGUCUUCGGAGACAUGGGCACUGAGGGCGCCAAAGCAAUGCCAUACCUCCAAGAGGAAUCCGAAAUGGGCCACUUCGACCUGAUCCUCCACGUGGGCGACAUGGGCUAUGACAUGGCGACAGACAAUGCGAGAGUCGGCGACCAGUUCAUGCGGCAGAUCGAGCCCAUCGCGACCAUGGUCCCCUACAUGACGUGCGUCGGCAACCAUGAACAGGCCUAUAAUUUUAGCAACUACCGGGAGCGCUUCUCAAUGCCGGGCGGCACGGAGAGCAUGUUUUAUAGUUUCGACCUGGGGCCGGCGCACUUCGUGGCCAUCUCCACCGAGUAUUAUUACUACAUCAAAUAUGGAGUCAAGAUGAUCUACGAACAGUACCAGUGGCUGGAAAAGGAUCUGGCCAUGGCUAGCCAUAAGGAGAAUAGGACGGUGCGGCCGUGGAUCGUGCUGAUGGGCCACCGGCCCAUGUACUGCAGCAACGCCGACGACCUCCCGGACUGCGAGUACGAGUUCUCGCGCACUGGUAAUCCCUUCUUCGGACACGGGCUCGAGCCCCUGCUGCAACAUUACGCCGUCGACCUCGUGUUCUGGGCGCACGAGCACUCGUACGAGCGCCUGUGGCCCAUCUACAACAACACCGUCUACAACGGCUCGCUGGCCGAGCCCUACACCGACCCAAGAGCGCCUGUCCAUGUCGUGACGGGGUCUGCAGGUAACCACGGUGGUCAGGACCCUUUUACUGGCACGCACCCGCCGUGGUCGGCGUUCCGCACCGACGACUUCGGCUACACGAGGAUGGUGGUACACAACCGCUCGCACAUCUACAUCGAACAGACGUCGGUGGAGAAGAACGGCGGCGUUGUGGACUCGUUCUGGCUCGUCAAGCACAAGCUUUCCUUCAACGAACCCGACGACUAA